AUGCUGUCGGCGCUGGUCAAGCUGGAUGCAAAGAGUAUGAUGAGUUCAGCUCUUGAGGAUGCGGAUGUCAUAUCGGUGUUGGAGCAGGCCUGGACCGCAACCAGGAGCGACGUGAAAAGGCACUGGCAAGCUGACUGGGAUGACUGGCACGCUGCGAAUGCUGAUUCCCUGUUCGAGGCAGUUCAAGGCUUAAGCGACCCUUCGGCAUUGACCUUUCUGAACAUCACGCAAAAGGAGACGUAUGUCUCCUACAACCAUGAUAACAAAGUAUGGGUAUACGGCUCUCUUUUCACCAGCAUUCCUGAGUGCGGCUACGUCCGAAAUGCGCAGAAGCUCACAAGCACAACUGGUGAAGAGGCGACUGUUGUGGACAGCAUGAAGGAUGGGAAGCGCAGUAUCCCCAUUUUCUUUGGGGAGAGUGGGAGCGGUAAAUCAGUGCAGGCGAUGCUUGCGCCGGCUCUGAAACUGGCGGAGAAUACCAGAUCGACAGUGCGCGUCUUUUCUAUUAGCUUACAAACUGAGGAUAGCCUGGACAAACGACUGAAGAAUAUCAAAGCCGCAAGCGACGUCGAUCGGCGCAACAUACUUUGCGCAGAUUCUGUUGUCGACAGCUUCAUCGAAGAGGUCCGGAAAGCCUUUCCUAAGCAGUACAGAGAUACCAUUGUCAAUACGUGGCUUGAGGACGAGAAUCGUAACACGACAGCUCUGGGAGCCAUUGUCUUCAUAAUUGAUGAAAUCGGCAAGUGUUUGGAGCUGGCUCGUGGCGUAGCCAGCGCACGAGAUGCAAUCUACACCAAACUUGCCAACUACUGUGACACAGCUUUGUUGGUCCUGGCAGGAACAUCUGCUGCCGCCAUUCUGGGACCAGGUGCAGGGUCCGCUGAAAUUGCCUCAGAUCCAGAUUGUGUUUCUUUAGUCCGGGUAGGUGACGUCCAAGGUGAUGCUUACUUGCAAAAGCUCUUAGACGCGACGCUGCCGCUACAAGGCUUCAGCUUGUCAGACGUAAGAAGUGUUAACUUCUUGCGACCCUACCUCAGCAACGCGAGGACUGCGUGCAUACUCUUUGAGGAGUUGAGGCGCUUCACAGAAGUGCCAAAAGAAGUAGACAGCGACAAGGUGUUGCAGAUUUGGAAGCGCCUCCCAUGGGAUGCAGGUUGUUACGUACCACUGAGGUACAGGACACAAAACGGGCUGCAGCGAGUAACAGACGCUAAAGCCCGAGAAGCUAUUGCCCGGAACGCACUCAAACUUCUGAUGCACCCAGAUAUCGUCUUGAAAGACGACAUGCCAACUUGA